UCUUUCUCUAUUAUGGGCGCGUCCAAAGUGUCAUUUGAUCUGUCCCACACACACCUAUACUAACUCCACCUGCAGCCUAAGGUACAGGGAUAUUCACGGAAGUGAAACUUACAGAGACACAGAAGAGGGGAACAUAUUCAUUUAUUUGUAGUUAAAAUAUACUUGGAACCUUCAUCCCUGCUACAGACGACACAACUGGACUUUUACAAAAUACCUGGAGACACUCUGAAACUUCUAACUUUAACUGGGAUAAAUCAUUUGGACCUGGAGCCGGAUGGAAUGCCAGUAGGGAUGCGGACUUUGUAUUUGUACAUGGGAUAUGAAUGAAGGGAUUAUUUAUGGCAGGUGGUUGGAAGGAAAGUACAAGAGGUAACUGACGACAAUCCAGGAGCGCACAGUAGUAGUAGUGACAGGCAGGAGGAGCCGGGGUGAGGACGGCACAGGAGUGACGAAAGAGAAUCACCCGGCUACUGUACCAGGCCGUUCCACCUUAACCAGGGGAUAUCUAUGAGAACUGGAACUACUCUGAUACCGCUGCAAAAUGCAGGAGCAGCCAAGAACACCGUGGCGUGAAGAUUUACCACUUAUGGAUUUCAUUGAGAACCAAGAAUUAAAUUGGGACUAUGUGCUGGUUUGUAAAUCCACGUCCCUUGACAGCACUGAAGAACAGAAGAGAGGCCACUACUUCUCCGUUCUACAGAAGAAAGGCUUUAGGAUUAAGAAAGUUAGGGAUGGAAAGGUAACAUUUUAUGGUGUCCGGGCCCCUAAAGAUAUCUUCAACAAAUAUGUCCGGCUACUGCGUAAUCCUGAUAAAGGCCACACGUCCAUUGAAGAUCCAGUAUCUCCAACAAGCAGGAUUCGGAUUGUACAUUUCAUUCUUCACAAUACUGCCGUUGGAUUCAAAGGAAAGGAAGAAAAACUACAAGACCUCAUCAAUGCAAAAGUUUUCGAGGCAGCGUUUCCAUUGCACACACGCAAAGAUGAAACCAGAGAAGGGCUUAAGAAGAGUUGGGCGCGGUGGCGUGACAUCAUUUAUGUUCAGCCCAUUGAAGAAAUCAGGGCUUAUUACGGGGAGAAAGUGGCGCUGUAUUUUGCCUGGCUUGGCUGGUACACCAUCAUGCUACUCUACGCUGCUGUGGUUGGACUCAUUGUUUUCUUUUAUGGAUUUGCGCACUUUGACAACAGCCAGAUAAGCCAAGAGAUCUGUACAGCCAACAACACCCUGAUGUGCCCUCUGUGCGAUCAGAAUUGCCCCUACUGGCCCCUGUCUGAUACCUGUACAUAUGCCAAGGUGACACAUUUGUUUGACAAUGAAGGUACCGUUUUCUUUGCCAUGUUCAUGGCUGUCUGGGCCACUAUUUUUCUGGAGCUGUGGAAAAGAGCACGAGCAAAUACUGUCUCUGGGUGGAACCUCUACAACUGGGAUGAAGAUGAGGAGGAGCUGGCACUGGAGCUGAUAAAUGAUCCAGAAUGCGUCAUUAAGAAACAUGAACACUCAUACUGGCGCUCUAUGGCUGUUCUUCUCGGAGCUGCAGUCGUGAUAGCAGUUCUGAUCGGUAUAGCACAAGCCCUGGUCAUAUAUCGGGUGGUGGUGACCGUGUCCUUCAUGCGUUCCUCUUGUGAAUUCGUGCGUGAGCAUGCCAAUACAGCAGCCGUCAUGUCAGGAGCAGUUCUGCAUUAUCUCACUAUCGUCAUCAUGACCAAGGUGAACCGGGUUAUAUCCACCUAUCUGUGUAACCUGGAAAAACCUCGAACAUUCACAGAGCGAGAAAACAGUUUCACAAUCAAAGUGUUCACAUUUCAGUUCGUUACGCAUUUUUCAUCUCUCUUCUACGUGGCUUUCUUUCUGGGACGGAUCAAUGGAUACCCUGGAAACUAUGUGAGAAUUGCAGGGCAAUGGAGGCUGGAGGAGUGUCAUCCCAGCGGCUGCAUCACAGACCUGUUCAUUCAGAUGUGCGUGAUCAUGUUCCUCAAACAGACGCUGAGUAACUUUGUGGAAUAUCUAUCCCCGUACCUUAGUUACAAAUGUCGACUUGUGAAGGAACGGAAAUGCAAGGUGCGUGGGGAGGAUGGGUCGGAGGACUCCGCUGCAGAGUGUUGGAGGGCUAACUACAGGCUGGGCGCUGUUCAUGUCUUCAGUCUCUUUGAUGAAUUCCUUGAGAUGGUGAUCCAAUACAGUUUUACUACAAUCUUCGUGGCUGCUUUCCCUCUGGCGCCGCUUCUUGCCUUCCUCAACAAUGUGCUAGAGAUACGACUGGACGCCAUCAAAAUGACACGUUUGCAGCGGCGUAUUGUGCCAAGGAAAGCAAAUGACAUAGGUAUCUGGCUGCAGGUCCUGGAGGCAGUUGGGGUCCUUGCUGUCAUUACCAAUGGUUUGGUCAUUGCUGUCACCUCUGACUUCAUCCCCAGGCUCAUAUACCUUUAUGUGUAUGGACCAUGUGCCAGUAAAAACACAGAAGGAAUAAACUGUUUUUCGGGAUACAUUAAUUCUAGUUUGUCUGUAUUCUACACAAAAGAUUUUGAGAAUCUGACGCAGGUCUUGCAGUCUCCUCGUUACACAAAUAUUGCAGAGUGCAGGUACCGAGACUACCGCUCUUCAGACGAUUACAGUUUUUCAACACAGUUUUGGCACAUUUUCGCUGCCAGACUUGGGUUCCUUAUUGUGUUUGAGCACUUGGCCGUAUGUAUAAAGUUUGUUGCCGCCUGGUUUGUGCCAGACAUCCCUCAGCGAGUACAAAACUCUAACCUGGAGAUGAAAAAGGACCAUCUACUGGAGGAACUCAGUAUGAUGCCAGAGGAAAGUGAUGACAUUCUCAAGGCGGGCAGCCCCAAUUCUUACAGUGAUUUUCUUAUGGACGACAGAGUGAUAGAACGUUCCACGGAGGUUUGAGGGAACUCCUGGUUCAGAACAAGCUGUGGGACUUUCAGAAAGAUGUACAAAGCCUGCUCAAAGCACAGUGCUGGCAUAAAGCUCAGCAGGCCCCACUCUUUCUUUUUGUGUAAAAUAAAUGUUUUUUUUUAAUACAAA